AUGGGGGUUCUUCGUUCCCUCUACAGUCGCGUCUCUCAGCGAGUCUGGAGCACUGUGCAUCUUCGUGUGGGCAGCCGAGGGCAGGUUCGGACAAACAAAGGCUUCAAGCCGACGGGCUUUCCUCACCUCGGAGCAGCGUUGUUCUUCGCACGGAUGUCGAAGGGAUUGACCCGAGACAGCGUCGAGAAGUUCGUGAGACUGAAUGUUUCCGAGGCGCAGAAACAGGAAAUAAAGAGCUGGCCAGGUAGUUUAGUGCGCUCCAUCGAGAACGGUGCGUGCAUCCCAUCACGAGAAGUCCAGAGCCGCCUCGAACAAAUCGUUGGUGUACCACUCACACGGAGGAGACGAAGAGGAGGGAACCGAAGAUUGUGA